AUGAAUGGUCAUGUGGAUCUUUCGCGUGGUUUAGCAGCUGCUCCUCCAACACCAAGAAGUAUUUCGGAUUUCAUGACACUUGUUCGAGAAGAAGCAGCUCGACAAGCAAAUGCUCCAUUUUUGGAACAGCUAAGUGCAAAGCCAAGUAAGGAUCUCGAAACGAAAUUUAACGGUUAUAAAUUCAAAAAGAUUCGUAAAGCAGGCGAAGGAGGCUUUUCAACCGUUUGGGUUGUUAGAGGACCUUAUGCAGCUCCUGAUCCUCUCAAUCCUGGCGCAUACAUUGACGUAGCCGAGCAGGAUCAAGCAUAUUUUGCCAUGAAACAGGUAACGUUGAAGAAGAUGGAACAAGUCAGCAGGGAAGAAGUGUUGGAAGAGUGCAACCUACUACAAACUUUGGCUUCGAAACGCAACAAUGAGGAUUUCAUCUUGCGGUUCUUCGGUUGGAAAAGUUCAACUGGCAGCUUGAAGAUCUUG